AUGGUGAACAUGUCGGACAUCUUCACGGCGGUAAAGUCCGUCUGCUCGGUGUGUCUGUUGUUGUUCUCCGUCGUCGUCGUGAUGGCCCUCAUCUACGCGGGGGACACGAAGCUCUCCCGGGACGGGCACCCCGUGGUCGCCUUCGUUGUCAUCUGGGUCGCCACAGUGUGGCUCGCGGUGGUCGAGGGAGGUCAGGCCUCUCUGGUCGGACUCCCUCCCAUCCAGCCGAACCUCUACAAGGACAGUCAUCCAAUCACUCACCGCAUCACUGCGCUUGCUCACAGGGGCGACAACCUCAAUCGUUACCUCAUCGGGCGGCAGUUCUUGGUUGUCCUGAUCGUCUUCGUGACAAACAUGUCGGGCGCCCCGCUCAGAGAUGCCACUGUCCUUGGUUUGCCCGACGUGCUUCAGGAUGUAUUUUUGUCGUCAGGUUUGGCUAUGAUUUUGAUGUUGGCCAUGAUCGGCCAGCUUUCCGCUCAAGUUAAUGCUUCACACUGCAUGCUUGAUUUCAUCAAUUCCUAUGUCGCAUUGGCAACGCUCUACGUAGCAUUGGCAAUUGAGUUCUCUGGCACGGUGGCGGAUCCUGCAUUCAGCAUACCUCAUUCGGUGGAUGGUUGA